AUGAAAUUUUAAUUGUUAUUCAGUACCUAUUUCAUUUAUUAUUGUUCAGUUGUUGACGUUGUUGUAUUACUCAAUAACUUGUUUAAUUGUUUACCAAUUGGUGCCUGGUGGUUAACCAUUUCUUUGCUGACGUUUAUUAAUUUUCAUACGUGUGAAUUUCUAAAUAAACAAGUAAUACAAAUCAAACAUUAAGUUUCGAAAUGGCUCAACCUCAAAGUGGAAUGCCUCCUCCUACAUUCUUGUUGGAAAUGUUUCAGAAAUUAGAUAAAGACCAAAGUGGUUCCAUCACAGCUAAUGAAUUACAGAGUGCACUAUCCAAUGGCACGUGGACACCUUUUAACCCAGAGACGGUUCGCUUGAUGUUGAACAUGUUUGACAAGUCAAAUAAAGGUACCAUAUCAUUUGAAGAUUUUGGUGCAUUAUGGAAGUAUAUUGUAGAUUGGCAAAAUUGUUUCCGUUCCUUUGAUAAAGAUAAUUCAGGGAACAUAGACAGAAAUGAACUUCGAGCUGCAUUACAAACUUUUGGAUAUAAUUUAAAUGAUGCUACUGUUGCCACAAUGUUGCAAAAGUUUGAUAGACUUGGUAAAGGAACUGUACUAUUUGAUGAUUUCAUACAAUGUUGCAUCAUGCUUAAUAAUCUGACUACAGCAUUCCGCCAAUUUGAUACUGAUCAAGAUGGAGUAGUCACAUUACAUUACGAACAAUUUGUUGGGCUAGUAUUUAGUAUCAAAUAAAAAAAGGGCUAAUCAUUUUAAUAUUUCUUACAAAUUUUAUUUUUACUAUUGUGAAUAUAUAUUUUUUUUUUUAAUUGAAAAUAUAUUUGUCCGCAUAAACAAUA